AUAGUUCGUGUGCCUGACCCGAACAAUAGGGCGAUAUUGGAAAAUGAGCAGUGCCUUUGGAAACCGCUCCCUACCAUCCUUAUUGUGGACAAUAUUCGAGAUCCGGGAAAUUUAGGCAGCUUGUUGCGCACGGCUGCUGGUUUUGGUCUUUCUGCGGUACUGGUUUCUAAAGGUAGCGUGGAUAUAUGGAACGAUAAAGUAGUCCGUGCCGGUAUGUCUGCACACUUUCGUAUUCCGAUAUUUUCUGGUCUGAAUUGGUCACACAUUGGCCGUUAUUUCUCACGUGCUCAAAGCGAAGAUGCCAAACACUCCCUUUCGUAUUUUCCCAAAUGCUUUGUUGCUGAUAUUGCCAACAAAGCAGUUGAUCAGAUCCUGGACAGCUUUCGAUCCACAACGGAAAUCAAGAAACUGUUGGAUUCGUUGCAAGUCAAGUAUCGAAAAUUGAAAUUGUUCAAGGAUGUGUCAUUUGUUACUUUUGGAUCUGCAGAGGAUAGAGAUGUCGCACUGAAGACCCUCAAUGGCCAUAUGUGGCGCGGACGACAGUUAGAGGCUCGAUUGGCUUUGGGUAGAGCAGAUCCUUUGCUUCAAAAACGUUUGCCAACUUCUGGGACUAACGACGAUGAUUUGGGGUAUCGCAAACGUGUUUGCUUAGAUUCGUCGACACCCGACGCAGGUGAAGAUGAAGCAUCUCGAAAGACGGAGGGCCUCAAAGAACCGCCUGUUUGCCCAUUGGUUGAGCUUAUUCCUUCUCCUAUGACCGUGGGCUAUCGAAACAAAUCGGAACUGACAAUCGGACAGGACUUGGAGGGCAAAGGUCCCGUUAUUGGAUUUCGUUUCACCAAAUACCGUGAUGGAUUGAUCGCAGUCGGCUCGUAUCGCCACUUAACCAUUCUCCCGCCAGCCACAGUAGCUAUGCUAAACAGUCUACAGGAAUUCAUUAAUCAGUAUUCGCCCUGUGAACCACACAAGAGUUUAACAACCUAUGAUCCAAUUUCGCAUGAGGGUCAUUGGCGCCAAGUUCUGGUACGCGAGACGCGGUUGGAAGAUCGUCUGCUUUUGCUGGAUGUGCAUGUUCGAAAUCUGGACGAGCACUUCGGAAAGGUUCGAUUCAACCAACACACGCCUUUUACAUGGGAAAGACUCAACACUUUGGCCACUGAACUCCUGUAUGAACAAAUUAUCCAGCUUGCCAUUGAAUCGCGAGACUCAUCCACAGAGGAAAAUCAAGACCCAGUCGAGCAACGAGAGCGCGUUUUACUUGACGUCUGUUGCGGCACUGGGACAAUUGGUCUCUCCUUGGCCAAACCUUUGCUAAAAAAAAUCUGUCAUAAUGUUCUGCAACACAUUCGUGUUGUCCGCCACCCCUUCAAGUUUCUGCUCCAUAUAGUGGAACUGGCCGAACUGCUGCAGCGUACACUCGACUGUUUACAGACAGCCGGAUGUCGCGACGGCGCCACAGAUGUGUCAAGUUGGCAAAUGCCAACCAAACCUUCUGUAUUCGAAAUGAUACUCCAUCCGUGA